AUGUGGAACGUCAGGCGAGCUUGUGCAAAUUGCAGGAAUCGAAAGAUACGCUGUGACGAAGUCAGGCCGGUUUGUGGUCAGUGUACGCGGAGAGGACCCUAUCGCGGACUAGAAUGCGAGUACUCAGAUCAUUUGGGGAGAACACCUACCGAGGUGCUUGAGGAUCAAAUUUAUGAGCUCGAAAACAAGAUUCAGGAGCUCGAAGAUCCUAAGAUUCAGCCAAGCUCUAUUCGACUCUCACACCCAUAUUCGGGUCCCCACAGUUUUAGUCCAGGCCCCAGUCGUAAUGUUACAGGUUCAUCGGUGCCCGGACAUGCAGACCAGGACCUUCCGCUUGAGCUGAGAAAAUCAUUACUGGCGUUGUUUUUGAGUCAAUCUUUCAACGUCGGGUUCUUCCUGAACCCUACCCGAUUCUGGCAAUCCGCACUGUCAAACUUGCCACCAGGUCACCCUGACCGGCCGACGCCAAGCCUCCUCAACACAGUUUAUCUUUUAGCUUUUUAUCUUUCCCGUCGAUCGAGGGGCCAGGAUAACGCGCAAACAACACAACAAAUCCAGCUUUUCCUUUCGCAUUCUCUUCAACAAGUCUCAACGAUGCUGAACAGCACGCACCCUCACAGAGUUGUGCACGGUAUCCAAGCUGAAGUGCUCCUGAGCACUUACUUCUUUGAUAUGGGCAAGAUUGUAGAAGGGAAAUACCAUUUGAGCGCUGCCGUCUCGCUCGCGAUUGGAGUAGGAUUACAUCGGAUUCGGAGUGAUAUACCUGCUUCCUCUCGUCAAGAAGCUUUACCUCCACCUCGAGAUAGUAUGGAAGAGGGAGAAAGAAUCAAUGCGUUUUGGACGGUCUACAUGCUUAGCAACGUCUGGGGAGCUGUAGAGGGAUCUUCGGGCUCUGUAUUUGAAAGGAACGGCAGUAGUACGAUCGAUACUCCUUGGCCACUGGACGUGGCUGACUAUGAACAGUAUGGUUUACCGUCCAACCUCGUAGGAAACUCCACCGUGCAUAAAUUUCUUUUGGGUAGUGAGGACCAGUCGGCCGUAUCCUCAGCAAAUUCUUUGAAUGCUCAAGCUUCGAUUUUGCUCGAAAGAGCAGCGAGUUUGACAUCUCGGUUUCAUUCCAAUAUGUUAUCUGCAGAAGAACGGCAGGCCUUUGAGAACUUUAACUCCCUGGACAACCUCAUUGACACAUUCAUCGGAAGUCGCCUCCCUCCUAUGGACGGAUUAGAUCCCACAUCCCGCGUUUUCGGCGCUGCGCUGUUGACCCAUACAUUCUCGUACGUUUCGUGUAUACAACUCCAUUCGCUCUUCUGCGACAGAGAGAAAAAGUCAAUGGUCAAGUCUCUCGCAGCUGUGGAGGCUUGUAUAGCCCUUCUGGGACAAGCAAGGAACGCUCCCUUUAUUUCGCCGGUUAUGGCUAUGUUAUGGAUGAAUAUUGCCAAAGUGAUCUUCCAGCAGAUUACACGACUCCGUCAGGCUAGUCGAGGAUCAAGAAAUCGCGGGGAUAAAGAAGGUCAAUUGGUACAGGCACUCAAGCAACUCGGGGAAACUCUGAGGAUAUUUGGUGAGAGUUCAGUUCUGAUGAGGAAUCAAUACAUGAAUCUGCAGUCUACAACUAACGCCUAA